UCCACGUGAUGCUCUUCCCGCUCUUCGCGUCCAUGAACUGAGUGCAAGCUUCACAGCAAGUCUGAGCAUUCUCUUGUAGUGAGAACGACCCUCGUGUGUAAACAAAACGAUGCCUACGUACAAAUUCAGGUACUUCAACUCACGAGGACUGGGCGAGGUAUCACGUCUUUUGUUUGCAAUCGCUGGACAAGAAUACGAGGAUGCGAGAUGUACUCCCGAGACAUGGCCAGCAGAAAAACCUAAUACCCCGCUGGGACAGGUACCAGUUCUGGAAAUUGACGGGAAGCCUUACUCCCAGAGCACCGCUAUUGCAAGAUACCUUGCCAGGACAUUUGGGUACUAUGGGAAGGAUGACCUGCAAGCCCUGGAGGUGGACCAGGUACUGGGGAUCGUGCAGGACGUCAUCACCACCAUGAUCAAGAGUUACUAUGAGAAGGAUGAAGCCAGGAAAGCGCAGUUCACCAAAGAAAACAAGGAAGAGAAAUUCCCUAUGUACAUGGGGAUGUUUGAGAAACUUCUGAAGAAUAACAAUGCGAACGGCUUCUUCGUUGGAGAAUCGAUCACUGUAGCCGACAUAUACGUGUUUGACCUCUAUGAGAAAAUCAAGUCAGAGGUGACCCUCGAUGAUUACCCCCUGGUCAAGAAGUGCAUUGACCAGGUCGGCAGCAACGAGAAAAUCAAGGCAUGGGUCGAGAAACGCCCAGUUACGGAAAACUAAGUCAUUUCUUCACCGUCUCACGUCAACGACUUCUUUACGACAACUACAGCUUUAGUUAAGGAUAAACAUUAUGAAGUAAUUCGCUGGUCCAUUAUCCUGCUAAAACCUGAGUCACAAACUUUAUUUGUUGUAAUUCUGUUUGUUUUAUGUUGUUGUCUCUCACUCUAUUUCCGCAUUUAUUUACCGUGUCGAAGACAGUUGAAUAUUAAACUUGUUCCCGCUUGUU